AUGACCCAGAAUUCAUCCUCCUUAGGUGAUAGGAUCAUUACUCCUUAUACACCCCCUAGGUCUCAGCCUAUGAACAAACACUUGUUUGUUUCUCUGUCUACCCUGUUCCAAACCACCGAACUGGAUUUUGCGAACAAGAAGAGCUGUUUCCUGUGCCUGCCCCUGAGAGCUGAUGGCUUCCCAGAGAUCCCUCGCAGUCCUGCGCAGACAGACAGAAUGCAGAAGCUGGCAGAGGAUCCUCCACACACAAGAUCAGAGGAUGUCCCAGAUCAUCUUUUCUUUGUGGAUACUGCAGGUCUAUGUGAAAUAGUGUGUUUUUGCGGGGUGCUGUCUCUUAGGACAAGUGAAGGGCUGAUGAGAAAGGAAACUGUGUACCCAGUUCCCCCGCAGCUCUCACUACUGCUUUCAGCAGUCCCUAAACUGAUAUACAAACUAUGCCGUUAUUCUCAUCAGCACUCCAAGUUAAAUGCAACUGAACCCAGUCCCUUGAGCAGCUUCCAGAAACAUCAGAACAUUAUGUUUAUUCUUAGAGCAUUUCCCACAAAAGUAGGAGAACUCCUUUUGAAAACCUGGAUGGCUCAGACCCCUUUGGGCCAGAUAUUUCAGACUAAACUAAAUAAAACUGGGAAGAAAAAGGUGCUUGCAAUGUGUUUGAAGAUCCUGAAGAAAUAUUCUACACAAAAGCAACAAAGGCGGGACCAGGAAACAAAGUAUUAA